CCCCCCUUCCCCCCCCCCCCCCCCCCCUCCCCCUGUGGCCGCCAUGCUGCCUGCCUCCUGCUCCCACAGGCUGGUCACUGAGCUCCAAGGAGCCCUGGCAGCCUGUCAGAAGAAGGAGGAGGAGUUGCAACAGUCCAUUGCCCGCUGCCGAGUGUUGCUUCAACCCUGGGAAGUGCCUUCUCCCCCAAGCCCUGAACCAGCCAGGAGCACCGAGACUAAACCUGCUUUCACAGCACAUGAACCAACUCCCAAAGAACUCAAGGAAUUGGAACUGCUGAACCAGGCCCUGGAGAAAGCCCUUCGGGUCCGGAAAGGCAUCUCCCAGGUCCAGUCAUCGAAGAGUGCCUCCAGUGGGAAAGUUGCCCCAUCUCUGGUCACUGCCCAAGCAGGCCCUGGGGCCAGGCCCAGAACCUCAAAUCCAAAAGCCUGUGUUCCAGCCAAGCCUCCAACUACCUCUCAAAGGGCUAGUGGCAGGCUGAAAAAACCUGCCAGAGUCUCCUCCCAUAGGGGCAAGGCCCCUGGAAAUGCUCUCACACAUGCCGGGCAGCCAGACAACUCAAUGCCCAUCAAGGGGCCAGCUCAGCUCUGCCCUCUGCCUUCCCAAGGCCAGGUCCUGGGGCUCCCAACUUCCACCCCAGUUUCAGUCUUAAGAGAAGCAGGUACUACUGGGCCCAGCCCUGGACCAGAAGAAGGAAAGAUCCAACCAGGCCUUAGGUCUGAGGCCUUCACACUAGAGGAGAAGGGGAUACAGCUGCAGCUGCCUCUGUUUUAUAAGAAAAUUGUUUCCAGGAAUUCCAGCCUGUGGGCCCAGGUCCAGCACUACCACUCCAGUGCUGAUACUGCUGUGGCUGCUGCCAAAGCCCGUUUCCUGAAGAGAACGAAGGCAACUUUUGAUUUGCCUGGCCCAGCAAUCAGUCUUUCUGAGAUCCAGGAGGAGGUGACUCGCCUGGACCAGGCCUGCCACCUACUGACCCAGCAUCUGGAAGAGACACUGGAUGUGAAUGGGGAGGCAGCUACAGCCUCGCUGAGCUGGGAGCAGGAAUACCACCGUCUGGUCACUUUGGAAGGACUGCAAGCUGCUGUAGAACGGCAUUUGCUUAGAUUACAAGAGCUUCGAGACGCAGAGGAACAGUGGUUGGGCCCCAGGCCUGUAGAGAGCUCUCCUUGGGGCUCAGCCCUAGGCUUAGGAGGAAAAGGAUCGCAUGGGUCCACCAAUUGUCUCGUCUACACCAGUGUGGAAGAGCUGCAGACCAUGACAGCUCUCAAGCUUCGAGUGGCAAUGUUGAAGCAGCAGAUCCACCUUGAAAAGGUUCUGAUGGAAGAACUUCUCCCCCUGGUGAAAUCUGAGAGCCCUGCUGGCCCAGCUCAGUUGGCACUGUACCGUGCUAUCCAUAGCCAACUUUGUGAAGCUGGGGAGCGCUUCUCCAUACUGGUGAGAGAUGAGCCAUCUGUCUGAGCCUGGCAUGGGCCCUAUCAGCCAUCAUUCCAAGCUGGGCCCUCCCUCCCUCCACUGAACUUGCCCCUGGUCAUUUAUUAGCCAGCAACCUUUGCUUUCUGUCCCCUAGGAAGUCUUGAAAGCAGUAUGGAAACAUUAAACAUCAGAGCUGAUCUCUGUACUCCUCCACCACCAUUUCCUUGCCCAUCUGUCUUUCUGCCUAGUCCAGGAUGGUAGGACCCAGUAGCCUAGGCCAAGGACAGAGAGGGGCUUAUUGUUUGUACAACGCUGUGGCUCCUUGGGGAGAGGAGAGGAUGUGGAGGGACUAAUGGCUGUAAGGGCACCGUAUUGACUAAUAGUACUGAUAAUCUAAGCUGGAAGAGUGAGGGAGGUAGUAGCCUAGAAAUGGACAUGAGCUCUUAUAGUACUACUGAGGGCCUUAGCAGUAGAAAAGAUUGAAAUUGCCCUAAGACCAGAGCCUCCUUCAGGAAUGUUCCACUUCACAUGUAGCUAGCACCGCACAAGACAUUUGUUCAGUGGUAAGAGGGUGAUUAUGAAAUUUACUGAAAGGCACAGUCAUCCUUCUUCAGGCUAGGACAGUUGAGAGAGCCUUCUAGGAGGAGGUAGACUUAAGUUAGAAUAGAUGGGAGUUGGUCAGGGUGAGGGAGUAUUCUAGAUAGGGGACAGAGUUAGCAAAGGAGAAGAGAUGGGAGGGCCUGGUAAUUUGGAGAGAGGCCAACAAGGAUGGAAAAGUAGGUGGUGGGGCAGAGUAAAGGGCUUCAAAGGCCAGGCUAAGAAGUAUGGACUUGAUUCUGUAAGCAGUGAGGAAGCUAUGGAAGGGUAUAUCAAGAGGUCAUAAAUUGGGCUUUAGUCCCAGCUCUGUGCCUUACUUUCUGGGUGACAAGUGUCUUCAUCUGUACAACGGGGAGAAUAACACUUGUAUAACUUACAUAAAAUACUUUGGAAAUGUGAGUUUUGUCAACAUUUAAUAAAGGUGUAUGAGAUUCAAA